GAUGGAUAAACUGACCAUCAUCUCAGGAUGUCUCUUUCUGGCCGCCGAUAUCUUCGCCAUCGCCAGCAUCGCCAACCCGGACUGGAUCAACACCGGGGAGUCCGCGGGAGCACUCACUGUGGGCCUCGUGCGACAGUGUCAAACAAUCCAUGGACGAGACCGGACGUGCAUCCCACCUCGGCUUCCCCCAGAGUGGGUCACCACACUGUUUUUUAUCAUCAUGGGAAUCAUUUCAUUGACUGUCACAUGUGGUUUGCUGGUGGCUUCCCACUGGCGGAGAGAAGCUACAAAAUAUGCUCGAUGGAUAGCAUUCACUGGAAUGAUCCUUUUCUGUAUGGCUGCCCUAAUAUUUCCGAUAGGAUUUUACAUCAAUGAAGUCGGAGGUCAACCUUAUAAAUUACCCAACAACACAGUAGUUGGGUCAUCAUAUGUACUUUUUGUCUUAUCAAUUUUCUUUACAAUAGUAGGACUUCUAUUUGCUGGCAAAGUUUGUUUACCAGGCUGAUGAAUGUCUAAACUGCUCAACUCUUCUAUUAUUUUUUAUUUUAUUUUAUUUUUUUAUUUUUGGAGGGGGGGAGGACAAAGGCAAGGCAUCUGAGUAGUCCUCUCAUAGGAAGAUGCUUAGAUGAAACUGAUGCUGAAAAGGAAAAAAAAAAUGCUUUGAUUUGUUCUCACUAUGCACUUUGGAUUUAAAAACAAAACAAACAAACAAAAAACAAAAAAACAAUAAGGAGAGCCUUUUCCAUAACCAAAUACAGACAAUAUUGACUAAAUCUCCUGAGCAUAUUCAGGCAGUCAGGUCUGCACUGUGAUAGCAACCUAGUGAAGGAGAAUGCUUUAUACUAAAAA